AUGGGGAUUCUACACGACGACGUUGUGCUACUAAGGCAAUCAGAGAAGGAAGGAGAGCCAAGUGUGAUCACUGUGAACUGCCCUGACAAGACUGGCUUGGGCUCUGAUCUUUGUCGAAUCAUUCUCUUCUUUGGCCUCACUGUAGUCAGAAUUGAUGUAUCCACGGAUGGGAAAUGGUGCUACCUAGUGUUUUGGGUGAUUGGCAAACCAAACACAAGAUGGAGUUUGCUGAAGAAGAGACUGAUUGGAGUGUGCCCUUCAUGUUCUUCAGCCUCUGGGAUUUCGUAUUACCGGGCUGAGUUGCAGUCUCCAAAACCUCCUGAUGUGUUCCUCUUGAAAUUCUGUUGUUAUGAUCGACGGGGCCUUUUACAUGAUGUGACAGCAGCCCUUUACGAACUUGAGCUUAUCAUAGAGAAAGUGAAGAUAUCCACUACUCCAGACGGGAAAGUCAUCGACCUGUUCUUCAUAACAGACACAAGGGAACUGCUGCAUACAAAGAAAAGACAGGAGGAUACAUAUGAUAAUUUAAAAUCCGUUCUUGGGGACGCUAUGAUUAGCUGUGAAAUAGAAAUGGUUGGCCCUGAAGUCACUUUGUGUUCUCAAGGCCCGUCAUUCCUUCCCCCUGAAAUAACGGAGGACAUGUUUGACAGUGAGGUGGUUGACGAUCAUCGAGGUGGAUCUCCUGCUUGUAAGAAGGCAUCUAUUGCAGUGGAUAACUUGCUGAGUCCUAGUCACACACUAAUCCAGAUUGUUUGCCAAGAUCACAAAGGUUUUCUCUAUGAUAUAAUGAGAACGCUGAAGGAUUAUAACAUCCAGAUAUCUUAUGGGCGCUUCACAGUGAAAAGUAAAAUGGACUGUGAGCUUGACUUAUUCAUCAUGCAAGCAGAUGGGAAGAAAAUAGUUGAUCCCAACAAAUUAAACGCCCUGUGCUCUCGUAUCCAGAUGGAACUGCGUCGUCCUCUAAGAGUAGCAUUGGUGAACCGAGGCCCCGAUACAGAACUACUUGUUGCAAACCCCGUGGAGUUGUCUGGCAAGGGUCGUCCCCUCGUCUUUCAUGACAUCACCCUGGCGCUCAAAAUGCUCAACGUUGGCGUCUUUUCGGCUGAAAUUGGUAGAUACAUGGUGGGAGACCGGGAAUGGGAAAUAUACAGAGUUCUACUCGAUGAAGGGAAUGGCUUGCCUGUACCAAAAACGAAGAUUCAAGAAGCAGUUUGGAAGAUGCUGAUGGGCUGGGAAUGAUGAAUGGCGAAGCGACAGAGUGAUGCACCAAUCCCGAGAGUCACCUACAACUCGCAUGUACAGUGUAUACUUCUUCCAGUUAGUAUUACUUACAAAGACAUGUAGAUAUAUAUCUAUAUAUAGUUGGCAUAUUUGAGGGAGUGAUAAGCUACACUCUACCAAUUAAGUUUCAGUUUGUAAGGCUAACCAUGUAGAAUGAAAUGAAUGUUGACGGUGAGGAUUUAUAAGAGUAGUAAAAUCCUUUAAAAGCUGUAUGUAAUGUACAGGGUGAUAAAAUGCCAUGAAUGGUUGAUCUCUCAUGCAUACAACUUUCCAGUUUCCAGUUUUCUCAGAUCAAGAAUCUCUUUGUAUGAAUGUGGAGAGCAUAUUGUGGAUUGAACUGAAGAAAUAACCAGAAAAUGUGUCUGAUAUGAUCACUGGUCGGAAUUGGAAUAUUCAUUGCGUUUAAA